AUGAAACUCAGUCAGUCGUCGUCGACAGCGAGUGUUGAAAUGGCGCAGAAAGGAGUUCAUCUGGACCGUGGGUCUUUCUCUUGUUCCAUCUGUUUGGAUCUUCUGAAGGAUCCGGUGGCUGUUUCCUGUGGACACAGCUUCUGCAUGAGCUGUAUUCAAUCCUACUGGGAUACUGAGGUUGAGAGGAUGAUCUACAGCUGUCCUCAGUGCAGAGAGACCUUCAUACAGAGGCCUGUCCUGAAGAAAAACACCAUGUUAGCAGGUUUAGUGGAGGAACUGAAGAAGAGCGGACUCCAAGCUGCUCCUGAUGGUUCCUCUGAGGCUGGACCUGAAGAUGUGGCCUGUGAUUUCUGCAGUGGGAGAAAACUGAAAGCUGUCAAGUCCUGUCUUCAAUGUCUGGCUUCUUACUGUCAGAUUCACCUCCAGCCUCAUUUUGAAUCUCCUACAUUUAAAGAAACACAAGCUGGUGGAGCCCUCCAAGAAGCUCCAGGAGAACAUCUGCUCUCGUCAUGA